UUAUUUAUAAUUCACUAGCCCGCAGAACGCAAUCAGUCCUUCUAUGGAACUGUUUAUAGUGUAAUAAAACAUAGUAAGAAUUAAUAAAUGCUUUUAAGUACCUCCUCAAAUAUUAAUUCGGAAGUGGGGAUGAAUUUAUUUAUUUAUGAAGGUGUCUGAAGAUCAUUUUUCGAUUAACGAUUGUUUGCUCGAUACCUACAAUAUGUAUUUUGUACAAUUUUUAUUACAUUUAAUAUAUUAUAGGUGCUUGAAUGUGCUAUAUAAUAUUUGGUUACUCACAACCUGGUGAGUGUUCGUUUUUGAAUAUACAUAAAAAGUAAUUUGAAUAGUAAUAAAAACAUAUAACAUCGAAUAUUAUUUAGAUGAAGUUGUUCAUAAUUAAUAUAUUUUAACUGUGGAACCUUAAAAUAUGCGUGCCCAGACAUGUACUGACAAUACAAACAUACUUCCAAGAAGAGAAGAUGUUGAUUCUUCCUUGUAUUUAAACUUAAAUAAACAUUUCGGUUCAUAGCAAACAAUAGUCACUCUACAUUUACCAAAGUUAAAAAAUCAUAUUAUCAGUUUCCUGUCAAAGUACUAUAACGUCAACGACAUAAACUGUCUUAUCCACAGAACAGAAAAAAAGGUCUUAUCAACCUUUGUUUAACUAUCAGCCGUUCCUAAAAGUCUAUCCUCAGGAAAACUUGUUGAAUAAUUUCAUGCGAAUACAUUUUGUUACGUGGAAGAUAGCAUUUACAAUUCGUACGUCUCGGUACAUAUGGUUUUUUUUUUUUAAUUUUAUAUAUGUGGGAAACAAACAAUAUUAAUAACAAAUACAAAUAAAACAUUUUAAAAUAGCAUAUUAAUCAGUAAAGUUUCCACUAAUAGUUUUUACAAUAAUCAUUGUUAUGUCAAAGUUAGAAAAUUGUUAAUCUUAAAAUUACAUUUAAUUAAAUAAGGACAGAAAAAAAUAUUACGACUGUAAAUAAGAAUAACAAUAUCACCCAGUGUUCGUCAGGGUUAUCAUUUUUUAACUCCCGACGCAAAUAAAGGGUGUUAUAAUAACUUUUAUGUGUGUGUGUAGGUGUCAUUCUGUCUGUGGCAUCAUAUCUCUCAAACAGGUGAAUCGAUUUGGAUAAUUCUUUUUUUUGUUAGAAAUAUGACUUAUUUUCCCAAGUUGUUUUAGAGAGGGAAUGGUACAAUUAAUGCUAAUGGAGUUAAAUUUCAUGUCAUAUUCUUUACAAAACCUAUAAACAAAAAUAUUGUAAAUAUUUAUUACUUAACAAUACAACCUUCACGUUUCUACAGUGUUUCUACAAAAAUGUCAUCAGGGCAAUAUUGGUUCUAUUGUAAACGACUUCUGAUAAAUCAUCUCUAAUUGAAACGAAUCUGUAAUGUAAACUAGUAGGAAGGAGUACAGCAGACAGUUCAGUUUAACGAACCGUAGAGAGCAGACGCCUUCACAGUGAACAACUCGCAAGGAAAUGUGCAAAGUGCAAAGCGACGACCGUGACGACGACCUUUAAACUUUUUAAUUUUUAAAACAUUACAGUCUCGUAUUCAAUAUAGCCAGUGACAAAACUCCUUUCAAAAAUAAAUUGUCGAAUUCUAUUUCUUAUCUGUGCUACGUAAUUUUUUGCAAAGAUAACAUUAUCGCGGAAAGAUCAGUUCGUUAUCUAUGCGGUUAUUUUUUAAUUUGCGUGUGACUUGUGUUUGUAUUGUUGAGUGGCUGUGUAGAAUAUAGAAGUUUCUUUUAGGCUUGCGGUUGUGGUUAGAAUAUAAGAUCCCACCAAUGCAGCCACGAUGCAAACAGCACGCGAGUCGAGUAGACAGAAGCGUUGUAACAAAAGGCGUAACUCGAGAAAGAAAUCAUUAUCGCCGUCUGACUUGAAAUGCCAGCGCGGGGACACAAAAACGGAUGGCAAACUGAGCAAGAGGUCUCUGUCGGAGGGAUCGGUGAAAGUGAAACAUAGGAAAAGUAAUAUACGUAGAACUCUAACCCACCCGUUCACUUGUACAGACGAUAUUAGGGAUGUGACGAUGAUAGGUGUGUUCAAUAGGGACGUGAAAGUGGAUGUUGUGCCGCCGGAAAGUGAUGAUUCGAAUCUACCGCCUACUAGUAGUGAUCGGGAUACGGAGGACGAUGGAAGGGCGUUGCGUCCUACACCUGUACGACCGCGAUGGGACUCGGGCAGUGAAAUGGACUCCUUGGUGUCGACCGUCGUUAGGAGAGCUUCGGCUAGACGACGCAGGACGCCAGCGAACCCAGAGUGGGGCGUCAAUAGCGAACCGGGCGAGGCCAGCGAACCAGAGGCAGGUCGCAUGCGUCCCGAGGAUUACCGCCUCGUGUUUCUCAGUUCGGACUCCUCGUGCCGUGAGGACACGGAAGACUCCUCGUCAACGGCUUCCUCCGCCGCGCCACCAGUACCGGACGAUUGCGACUGGGACUACUUCGAGCCUGGCGCGGCGGCGGUGUUGCCUACACCUACACCUACACGUCAUAUUCCGCAACCUUGCCCGAGGCAGUGCUCGUGCGGUGCUGAACCCCGUAUAGUUGCUGUACCUGUACCUGUGCCAGUACCAGUACCUGCAGCCCUUUGGCCUGCGUUACUCGCGUUCCCUACUCAAGCUCCGCCGACUCCGCACUGGAAUACCUACCCGGGGUUCCCGCCUCUCGAUGCCGCAGCUCUCGCUCGGCUCACAACGGCCGCCGCCGUCGCCGUUACCGCCGCCGCCUCUGCCACUGCCAACGCAAAUGCAGCAGCAAUAUCUCAAACAAAGCACCUUACCAUGACUACCGUUGAAAAAACUGAUAAAGCCAUACAGUCGGAAUCGUCACAGUUGCCAGAGUCCCCCGAUAACGAUAACAUUGAUAACAGUAUUGAGCGGUCACUCGUAUGCGAUACCGCAGUUGAUAUUAAAGUAAUCGCGAAAGAAGACUCGGUUUCAGUGUUAUCGGCGCCAGCAGACGUAAUGCCUGACCACCUUGAUGCAGAACAGGCAUUCAAUUCUACUAAUGACUCUGAUGAUUCAAGUGAUUCCGAAAGAGGAGACACUCGAAGAAGCUAUGACUUGACUAGCGGAGCGCCUGACGAACCAGCGACAACCGACGAGGAUUCAGAUGAUUCAGGAGGAGGAGGAGGGCGAUUCUCCCGAGUUUUCGUGGUUAAUCCCGCCGACUCUUCGUCCGACUUAGAAGAUAAUGCUGAUAGUAGUGGAAUUGACUGUGACGAUUCUUUUGAUAAAAAAUCAGAAAACUUGGAGAUAGUUCCUCAGGACGUGUUAGUAGAUAAUAAUAAUAUUAGUAACGAAAAUGAAGAAUCUAGUAGCAGCUCGGAAAUUAACGACAACCCGCAAGUUGUGCUUUUGGAUUCUGUGAGUUUUUCAGAAGAGUAUUCUAUAAUUCCAUAUGGAAAUUACAAUGAAAUAACAAAUAAUGAAAACGUGGCGACAAGGUCUGAAUUCAAAAAGUUUUGCAACGAAAAUAUGUUGCAAAGUGAAACUUGUGAGGAAUUUAAUAGUUUUAGUGAAAAUUAUAGUCAAGAUAGCAUAGAUAAAAUAAAUAACAUCGAUAAUAACAUUGAUCAGCAAUUAAGCUUAUCUGAAAACUAUGAAUGUGACUCGUUGGAUAAAAUUUCUUAUACAGAAAGUGAUAUGAAAGUAAAAGUGCCAGUAGAAUUAUCGAGUGAAAAACGAAUUGAGAAAAAAACAAUAUCAGAAGAAAUUCCUUGUGUACUUUUGUCAAAAUUAUCACCUUCGCCGGAACCAAGCCAUGAUAAUUCAAAUACAGCGACUGUGGAAAAAAUUGAUUUAUUUAAAGGUAUUGAACGAACGCUCAGUGAACUAUUAAAGAAAGAAUUAUUAGAGGACCAAGAAGUGGAGAAAAUGCACGGUGCGCGGCCGGUUUGCCCCGAGGCGGAGGGGGGCGCGUGCACACCUGACGCGACAACAGUUUGCCGCUCGCGCACCGCCUGUACGGACGGCCACGCGCGCUUCACGAGUCGCGUUAUGAUAACGCACGACCGCGUCUCCGUCGUCACGUCGGAUACGACGCGGCUCAUGCGAGACAUCACAGUACAUCAUACAAAUUCGCAAAACGAGUCAGAACCGGGCACGCGGUCAGACGAAAACGACGAACGAAUAUCCGACGACGAAUCGCCACAGCCUUCAGGCGGAGUGACUGUCGUUAGCAAUUCCGAUACGCUCUCGGCGGUUGUGUGUCUCGAGGAGGGGCUCGCAGAUGACGACUCGUGGGUCGAGGACAUCAGCCAUGACGAAAACGAGGCCACAUCACCCUCGGACUCGGAUUCGGAAGAUGAAGCGACGUUACCUGCUCGGGGGGAUGAUUUUGCAUACUGUAGACGUUCCUUAGAUUUUACUUUACACACAAUUGUCGAAGAAAGCUGCGAAGAAAGCGAAACGGAACAAACGACAAAAAAACCGCGACCUAUUUCGGCAACUGAAUUAGAAAAAUACUUUUUCUUCGGUUUAGGCGAUGGGAGAAAUGUACGAGAUGACGAGGAAGCUUUAUCAGAAACGUCAAGUGUGUGCAGUGAAGGUGGUGAUUCAAUUGUGGAUAGUGAGCAACCAAAAAGGAAUAGUAGUGAUAACGAUGAAUUGGUAUCUUCACGCUUAGAAAAAUAUUUUCUAUCUGGAUUUAUGGGGUUCAACCAAGAAAACCGAGACUCGGAUGGUUCCGGUAGUGUUGGGAGUGAUAGUGAAGGUAAACAAAGCCCUGAACAUAGGAGAAAACGGUUAGUUCGCGCUCGAGGUACACCAAGGUCACAUUCGUCGUCUUUAGACAAUUUAUUAACGGGUGAGGAACCUUCACAAGAUGCACAAGAGGUUUCAGAUGGAUCUAGUACGGAAACUGAAGAUCGACACGACUCUUCUGAAAGGUUAGAUAUGCAAAGUGAUACAAAACGUAAAAAACAAAGCAAAAAAACGCGUGGUUCACCCGCAGAUGAGCGGCGGCAAUCGGUAGAGUUUACUGAGGAAACUCGUGAUGACACUAGAUCCGUUUCGGAAGGCGAAGAUGGUAGAUCUACGCCACGACCUGAGUUCCCACCGUUAGGAUCUGAACUAUCUGAAUCUAAGAAACAAACGAGUAGAGACAGUGGCUUUGUUGGCAGCUGUGACGACUUACUAAGAAAUGGGGACUCCAGUUCUGAUUUCGCAAGGUCUCAUGAACCUAAAACAGAACUAGAAGAAAUUAUCGAGGAAAUUCGGACGGAUUCGGAGGAACGCGUCGAAAGUUCUCCGUUACGGCCACCGCCGAGUCCUUUGUCGCGUAAAGAUAGCUUUAAUAAUUGGUCUUCAGAUGAAGAAACUAAUUUAAUGAUGACAAAAAUGCGUCAAUUUUUCAAACAAAUGAUAAACACGAAUAAUGUAAGAACAUCGACACCGGCUUCAUCUAAUUCAGAAAGCUCACGUCCCCCAAAACCUCCUCAGCUUUUAUAUUUUGAAAGUGAAUUAACACGAUUAAUGAAAACAGUGCCAGGCAUACGCGACGAGCAGGUUCGCGAAAUCGUUGAGUAUUUAUCAAGUGAAGAUACUUGGAGCGAUUCUUACGAUUCAUCUGAUUAUGCCGGCUCAGAUUUGGAGGGCACAUCGACGAAUAGAUCUGCUUUAAGAAAACAAAUAUCUGAGAGUUGUAGAGAAAUUAUUGACGAGUUUGAUAAGGGUAACAGUGAAGCUGGGUCGUUAGAGCGUGACGCGGCUGGGGCCUACCGCAGAUUGGCGGCAACGUUAGGUAGGGCAGGGGAAGGGUCCCCGCCCUUAUUCGGUAAAGUUAUGAGACACAUAGGAGGUCGGUUAGUGGCCUUAAUGCAUGAGGUAUCGGCUGGAGCGUCUCCGAGUACAGAUGAUGAUAGCGCUUCGGAGCCGGGGGCGUUAGCGAGGAGUCGGUCGCAUGAUAUACUAGAAGCGGCUGCGAGUAGGGGUAGUGUUGCGAGUGAUUGCGAACGGUUUUCUUGGCGGGGUAGUUUUGAAUCUGCUUUAUUGGCGGCGGAUUCCAGGGGAACACUGGGUGGCACAGGCUGUGAAGCGAGGCGAUCGCCAGCGGGCGCAGAGCUGGCUGCUCAACGAUCACAUUCGAGGAGUUGUGGUGCUAUAGCCGGCAGCGAAGAUCGUCUGUGGCGAGGGAGACGACGCGCUUCUGCUCCUGACGCUGAGUCGGAAGAAGAAGAGCGAGCGGGCUCCCUGCCUCGUCUCCCCUCGGUGACAGGCACUAGCACGGUACCAGCCGGUCCGGUUAAAUCGGCCCGGUACCGGGCGCCCGGUUUCCGUACCGCUACCCGGGCGGCAUCUGCACCUGGAUUACAUGCGCCCAGGAGACGGAGACCACCUCCCACCCCUCACCAACCGCCUCCAGCAGCACCGACUUCAGCGCCUAGCUUACAAGGUAGGAACAGAAUUUCUUUAUAAGCUAUUGUGCUAUUGUUUUUCAGGUUAUAGACUUAUAUUAGACCUCUUUUAGAUAGGUUUGUCAGGUCUUAUAAAUGAAAAUCCGGACAGACCAACUAAUUCAGUCGAAUUUUUGGUUAAAAGGGAAGUAAACCCUUAAUUUUGAUUGUGAAAUUUAUACAUAUGCAAAAUUAUCACAUUCUUUAUUACGUUAUUAAAUGGCAAUGUUAAUGUACCUAUCAACAUACUUAUCUAUAUCAUGCUAUCAAAAAAAUCUACGUAACAACACAAAUAACGUGACGUCACAUGCCACUUGAAUAUAAAGUUGCUUUAAUUUUAUGCAACAGAGUUAAAUCAUGUACCGACGCUUAAUGCAAGCAUGCAUACCAUAGAAUCAUGUCGUGGAAAUAGGAACGUUUACUUAUUGUUAUGGCUGACAUAUUAAUUUAUUUUAACUAUUAUAUUUGUAUUGGUUUAUUACUCUUUAGUUAUAUAUAUUAUAUAAACUUAAUUGAUUUAUUUUAAUAGUAAUUUUAGCGAGACCAAAUUCUCCGAUAGAUCAUUACUCAAUCAGACUAUAUUGCGUAACUUUAAAUAAUUAUGAAAGCAAUGAAUGAAAUCUCAGAGAAACAUUACAAUAAGAACAAAUAGAUGUGUUCUCAGUUAA